CCUGAAAUGAUAUCUAGCCGGCUCUUUGUUCUCAGCAUUACCGAUAUCCAUCCAUGACACAGAGCAGGAGUUUUUAUUUUUCACCUUUCUCAAUUCUCUUUCUUCCUUUUUGUUCUCUGCUCAUUGAGCAGCGGGUAAUCUGUGACUCCCAAUUUCAAGGUCCUGUCGAACCAGGCCUCGAACGUAUAUGUUAUUAUCUCCCUUUCCAAUCACCUUGGAAGAACCCAACCCGCCUUGUCUUAUUGAAUCCUUUUUUUCUCUCCAUUCCCCUCUUGUAUGUUUUCUCCCUGCUCGUGUCCUGGCUAUUCAUCCAACCCUCAAUCUAUCUCGAUAUCUUUUCUCUCUCUUAUCUUGGUCUCGCAAGCUGGAUAUCCCACCCUCUGUUGGUGUCUUCGUCGCAGAGUUUGUAGUCAGUGGCGAUGAUGGCGACUGGGGGGACGGAAGGACGGCGCUGAAUCAAGAGGACGUGGACCGUCAUCUCAUGUCUCUUUAUAACUAUUUUCUUUCUUAUGCGUUAUGCCGGGUUGGUUGUCAUAGUCAGAGUUUUUGUACGGAUUGUGGAAUAUCAGAUAUGUCUGUCUUAUUGUCUUGUCUUGGCUUGGCUCGGCUUGGCUUGGCUUGGCCUGUACGUGUAGUUCUAUUUACAUACGUCGAUUGCGACUUCGCCUCCGGACCUCCAGGUUAUCGAGGGAACAGCGAAAAGAAAGACAAAGAAGAUCAAUGGAUGUAACCUCAUCAAUAAUACCAAUAGAAAAAAAUAUGUGUCAAAAAGCUAAG